GAUCAGCUUUGAUGAAGGUCGUCAGUGGACACGUCACAGUUUCUCAGCCAUGCCGCUGUUCGUGGACGGUGUUCUGGUGGAGGCAGGUGUAGAAAAUCAGAUAAUGACGUUUUUUGGACACUUCAGUCAUCGUUCUGAAUGGCAGCUUAUCAAAAUUGACUACAAGUCCAUAUUCACCAGAAGGUGCACAGAGGGAGACUACCAAACCUGGCACCUGCAUAACCAGGGUGAGCCAUGCAUAAUGGGUCAAAAGCAGAUUUACAUGAAGCGUCGUCCAGGAAACUACUGCGUGGUUGGAUGGGACAACUCCAGGAUCCUGUCUGCAGAACCCUGCAUUUGCAGAGCACACGACUUUGAAUG